GCGCAUGUCAGGUUCGCUGCAGAGAUCCUGCUGCCUCGGCUCUCACGACCAACCGAGGGGAUGGUGUUGACAGAGGAGACGACAAGUGGCCCAGUUUACGGGGUUCUAUAGAUGACAGGAGCGGGCGAACCUACCUCCAGACGGCUCGCAAACACAUCCGCCUGACGCCUCCCUAUGCGAAGGAAGACGAGCUUCCAAGGACAGCAUUCCUGAUGGAAUUCCCAGCCAGUGCUAGAUGGAGAAACGGAAAGGGUGGACUCGUUAUAAAUAAUUAAAAAAGCCAUCUGCUGCUAAAAUAGACGGAAAAUGCAUCUGCAUCAGGUGUUGACGGGAGCGGUGAACCCUGGCGAUUGCUGCUACUCGGUGGGAAGCGUGAACGAUGUGCCGUUCACGGCCUACGGCUCAGGCUGUGAUGUAGUCAUCUUGGCCAGUGACUUUGAGUGCGUGCAGAUUAUCCCUGGAGCUCAGAAUGGGAACAUACAGGUGGGCUGUGUGGAGUGCUCCCACCAGCUUGGCAGGAUUGCUGCCUCCUAUGGAAACACAGUCUGCAUCUUUGAGCCACUCUCUACCAACCCAAACAAACGCCACAAACAGCUCAACUGUCAGUGGCAGAAAACUGGACAGUUCUUUCUUGAUGCCAUCACCUACAACUUGGCAUGGGAUCCACAAGGGAACCGUAUUCUAGCAGCAACUGAGAGGCUCCAGCUGUGGGCUCCGCCAUUGGCCGACGCUUUAAUAGAGGAGGAGGAUGGGCAGAUGACAGAUGACAAGCCUCACCCUGUGCUGAACGACUGGAAUUGUGUUUGGCAGUGCAAGACUGCUGCAUCAGUUCACAUUGCCAAGUGGUCACCUGAUGGGGAGUACUUCGCCACAGUUGGGAAAGAUGACUGUUUGCUUAAGGUGUGGUAUCCUACCACGGGCUGGCGGUCUGCUGUUGUUGUUCAGGACCCCGCCGACAAAAAACAUAUUCCUGUUCAUUUUUCUUUUGUUUACUUGGCACAUCCUCGAUCAGUCACUGGCAUGUCAUGGAGGAAGACAAGCAAGUACAUGCCUAAGGGUUCUGUCUGCAAUGUGCUGCUGACCUCUUGCGAGGAUGGUGUAUGUAGGUUGUGGUCUGAGACCCUUCUACCUGAAGACAGCUUACUGGGUGGACAAAUAUCCGAGAACACUCAUUCUUUCAGUUCAAGUUUACCAGGAUUGGGAGGAAAUAAGGACAAGAUUCAACACGCUUUGGAGUCCAUUCAUCAUCUGAAGCAUCUUCGCCGAGGCCGUCGACGAUCGUCUGCCCUCGUGGCACACAGUGACAUUCUUCCCUCUCAACUUGGCACCCAGGACACGCACACCCACCGUCACAUCGCUCAUCACGCUAAUGCCCUCUGUCACUUUCAUAUAUCAGCUAGUAUUAAUCCAAACACAGACAUCCCAUCAGUGCUGGCUGAUUCAGCACUGUUCAAUCCUGAUGAUGGCACUGGUGGAGGAGGGUUUGUCGUCCAUUGGCUUAACAAUAAGGACCUCAGCUUCACUUCCUCAAUGGACCUAUUUAUGUUACAACUCCGUAAGUUUACUGAACAGCAGCUGUACCAAACUACUGAAGACCCGCUGGACCCAGAAGGAUCCCCGAUGAAGUUCGACUUUGAUCUGGAUGAGAUGUCUGACAAGGCCUCCUCAGAGGUCGGUGAGGAUGGUGAGCCAGGGGAACAAGGCAGCACGAAGGCGUCCUCACCAGGGUCCAGUUCCAGCAUGCCUCUGCCCUCAAUGCUGCUGGAGAGGAAGAUGGAGACACUGACCACUGAGUGGAACAAGAGUCCAGACAUGCUGUUCACCAUCCAUCCUGCAGAUGGCUCUUUCCUUGUGUGGCAUGUGAAAUACUUGGAUGAAUUCAACCAAGGCAUUUUCAGACAGGUUCAGGUGUCCUUCUCCUCCCGCAUUCCAGUGGCAUUUCCCACAGGAGACGCGAACUCACUGAGUAAAAAUAUCCUGAUGUACGCCUGCACUUUAACCGACGUGGAGACUUCGGUGGCAGGGGACAAAGACAGGUCCACUCAGCGCAUGUCCCGCUCUGCUUCAACCUCAGCUGGUCUGGGUUCACCAGCCCUGGCUGCCUCUUCCAUCCUCCAUUCUGGCAUUAGUCCUGAUGUUAUGAUGAUUUCCAAGCAUGUUGAUGGUUCUCUAAACCAGUGGGCAGUGACUUUUGCAGAGCGCUCUGCAUUCUCCAAUGUACUGACUGUUUCACACAAGUUCCGCUACUGUGGCCACCGGUUCCAUCUGAAUGAUCAAUCCUGCCACACGGUGCUGCCACUGCUGCUUACCUCGUCACAUCAUAAUUCCUUGCUCACACCCCCGUCGGCCCCUGGGAGCCUGGAAGGGGAGCAGCCUCCCACUUUCCCACUUCCAAAGGGACUUCCUAGGAAACAACUUCGUAAUGCAGCUACCAGGACCUUUCAUGAUCCCAACGCCAUCUACAGCGAGCUGAUUUUGUGGAGAGUUGAUCAUAUCGGACCACUGUCCUGCACUGGAGGGGUGUCUGAGCUGGCCCGCAUCAACUCUCUACACACCUCUGCCUUCAGCAAUGUUGCUUGGCUACCUUCACUUGUACCCAGCUCUGUACUCGGAACUUACUGUAACAGUGCCAGUGCCUGCUUUGUGGCAUCAGACGGUAGAAACCUGCGUCUAUAUCAAGCUGUGGUGGAUGCCCGAAAACUGCUUGAUGAGCUGUCGGAUCCAGAAACAUCUAAACUGGUGGGCGAAGUGUUCAACAUCGUGAGCCAACAGUCCACUGCCAGACCGGGAUGUAUCAUUGAGUUGGACAGUAUUACAAAUCAGUGUGGCACCAACACACAACUGCUGCAUGUCUUCCAAGAGGACUUCAUUCUCGGUUACAAGCCUCAAAACGAUCCAGAGACAAUCAUACCUCCUUUUCCAUCAAAUGAAGACUACCAACCUGCACCAUUUUCGGAGAAAUUCUUUUUGGUUGUGAUUGAAAAAGAUCUAAACAGGAACUCUGUCCUUCAAAUGUGGCAUUUGCAUCUGAAGUCUGUGCAAGCGUGUGUUGAUGAUCUAACACCCAACUAUAGCUCCCAAGGGCAGCUCCUGGUUCCUAACCAAGCUGUCAAUCCUGACUCAUCUCCUGAGACUUCCCCCAUCAGACCACUGCCACGUUCUGCCUCCACAGCCAACUUACAGUCAGCCAGCAAACUUAUCCUCAACUCAAAGCUGGUGUACAGCAAACGGCUGGACCUCCCCCAUGGAGUGGAAGUUACCAGAGCAACGCCGUCUGCUGGCCAUCUGAGUUCCUCCUCAAUCUAUCCCGUGUGUCUGGCACCUUACCUGAUAGUCACUACAUGUUCGGACUCCCGCGUCCGUUUCUGGCGCUGUGCUGUGGAUGGAGAUGAUAAAUGUAACGAGGACAACCAAGACAACCGGACAUAUCGCUGGGAGCCCUGGGCUCUAAUGAAUGAAGAGGAAGACAACAACAGUGCUGUGUGCGUGUCAGGCCGCCCUGUUGCUGUGUCGUGCUCCUACAUCGGCAGGCUAGCCGUCGCUUUUAAACAGCCGCGACAAGCACAGAUCUGUGGAAAUGAUUUUUCCAUGCACGUGUCAAUCUACGAGUGUGAGUCGACAGGCGGCUCAGAAUGGGUACUGGAGCAAACGCUUCAUCUUGAUGACUUCACCAGGCCGUCAUCAACCCUGGACCCCAGAGUUAGUGUGGACUCCAAUCUGUUUGUGUAUAGCAGAUCAGACGUGUUCAUGAGCAGAGAUCACAGCUCCCCCAACAUCAAGCACUACGUCCAUCUCGACUGGCUGUCAAAAGAGGAUGGCUCUCAUAUUCUAACUGUGGGGGUGGGAUCUAACAUCCUCAUGUAUGGGCGUAUUUCUGGAGUGGUGAAUGAGCAGACAAGCAACAAGGAGGGGAUGGCUGUCAUAACCCUGCCUCUAGGAGGCAGCAUUAAGCAAGGAAUCCGCUCCCGCUGGAUCCUUUUGCGCUCAGUGGACCUUCUUUCUUCAGUGGAUGGCACCCCUUCUUUGCCCGUCUCGCUAUCCUGGGUCAGAGAUGGAAUUCUGGUUGUCGGCAUGGAUUGUGAAAUGCACGUCUAUGCACAGUGGCAUCAAGACAAGAAGCUUGGUGAAGGAGAAGAGGGCAACAUGUCUUCUGCAGAUAUUGCUGCUGGACAAAACACUGUCUUUGAGGGGAGAGCUCGGUCUAAAAGUGUGUUUGAGGGGAGUGCAGCUGCUGAGGAGGCUCUGCGUGCACCUGCUGGUCUCCAGGAAGGGGGCCUUUUUGAGGCAGCUCACUCACUGUCCCCAACUUUACCCCAAUAUCAUCCAACCCAGCUGCUAGAAUUAAUGGACUUGGGCAAGGUUCGCCGUGCCAAGGCCAUUCUUGCACAUCUCGUGAAGUGUAUCGCUGGAGAGGUGGCUGUUGUUCGAGAUGUGGAGGCUGGUGAGGGCGGAUCCAGGAGACAUCUGUCCCGAACCAUCAGUGUGACAGGCAGCACAGCCAAAGACACAAUCGCGUCUGGUCGUGAUGGAGGCAGAGAUUACACAGAGAUCAAUGCAAUCCCGCCAUUGCCUCUGUACUCCCUGAUGUUGGCUGACUUGGAUACAUCAUACAAGGGAGCAGAAGAAACUGUGAAGGGUCCCAAAACGUCGAACGGGGAUGGGAGCCACAAGUCUUCUGAAGACCAAUAUGCAGACCUGUUUCAGGUGCCCACAGUCACCACUGAUGACUUUGUUAACUUUGCCACGGACAAGCCAGAGAAGAAAUCCAGAGUCAUCAAUCUCUCUCAGUAUGGUCCUACAUACUUCGGCCCAGAACACGCUCAGGUGUUAUCCAGUCAUCUCAUGCACUCCAGCCUUCCAGGACUAACCAGACUAGAACAGAUGUUCUUAGUUGCCCUCGCUGACACAGUUGCAACCACCAGUGCUGAAGUGGCCAGUUCAUCUGACAAACAGUACACAGGUGGUGAGGCUCUUGAUGAGUGCGGACUGAGAUACCUCCUCGCAAUGCGUCUUCACACCUGUUUGCUCACUUCUCUGCCCCCUCUGUACCGAAUGCAGCUUCUACAUCAGGGUCUUUCAACAUGUCACUUUGCGUGGGCUUUCCACUCCGAGGCUGAAGAGGAGUUGCUGAACAUGAUCCCAGCUAUGCAGAGAGGGGACCCACAGUGGUCUGAGCUUAGAGCCGUCGGAGUCGGUUGGUGGAUCCGAAACAUCAAUACCUUGCGGAAGAUGGUUGAAAAGUUGGGCAAAGCUGCAUUUCAGAGAAACAAUGAUCCACUGGAUGCUGCUCUUUUUUACUUGGCCAUGAAGAAAAAGGCUGUUCUCUGGGGUCUAUUCAGGUCUCAGCAUGACGAGAAGAUGACUACUUUCUUCAAAAAUAACUUCAGUGAAGACAGAUGGCGAAAGGCAGCGUUAAAAAAUGCAUUCUCCUUGCUUGGAAAACAACGGUUUGAACAGUCUGCAGCAUUCUUCCUGCUGGCAGGAUCGCUCAAGGACGCAAUCGAGGUGUUGAUGGAGAAGAUGGAAGACCUGCAGUUAGCCAUGAUUGUAGCAAGGCUGUAUGAGGCCGACUUUGAGAACUCCUCCACCUGCCAAGGCCUCCUAAAUGAGAAGGUGCUCGGGUGUAACAGGGACGGAAAUGGUUACCACUGCUCCCGACUUCACCCGGACCCCUUCCUGCGCAGCAUAGCGUACUGGAUCAUGAAGGAUUACACGCGAGCCUUGGACACCCUGUUAGAGCGAAUCCCUAAAGAGGAUGACAACAACCCCGAUGUCAUGGUGAAAUCUUGCAACCCUGUGGUGUUCAGUUUCUAUAACUACCUCAGGACUCACCCAUUAAUCAUCCGCCGGCACUUUGCUAAUCCUGAGGGGAAAGUUACGACUGUAGGUCUGACCUCAGAGAAGAGCAGUGCAGAUGAGAUCAACCUCAUAGAGCGCAAACUGUUCUUCACCACUGCAAAUGCCCAUUUCAAGGUUGGAUGUCCAGUUCUGGCCCUGGAGGUCCUCUCAAAGAUCCCCAAAAUUACCAAGAAAGCCGGUUCAUCGCCUCUAAGCAAGGCUUCCUCCGAGGUCAACGUGAACUCCAACCAACCAAUUGAAAAUGGCACCUUAGAUUGGGCCUCACCUGCAGCCCCUGCCAACGCCUGGGGGGCGAACGAGAGCACAUUGGAUUGGAGUCAGCCAAUGGUGAAGGCAGAAGACGACGAGCUUAAAUUGGACUGGGGAGAUGAUAAAGACGACGAUGAAGAUGAGGAAGAUGACUAUCUGACUAUGAAGAAGCCAGAGGCCGAGACCAAAGCAGACGACAAUUCUGAUCCCACUGAUCCCAAAUUACAACGAGAAAACUCACAGGGUGAGUCUGAGGUGGACGUAAUAGCUGAGCAGCUCAAGUUCCGGGCCUGUCUGAAAAUUCUGAUGACAGAACUGCGGACACUUGCCACAGGCUUUGAAGUGGACGGAGGGAAGCUUCGCUUUCAGCUUUAUAGCUGGCUUGAGAAAGAAAUUGCUGCAAUGCACAAGAUCUGCAAUUACAAGGUGGAGGGUAAGGAAGAGGACUCGGAUGCAGACCAGCGAGGAGAGCGAACACAGUCCUUUGAUAUAUCAGAUGACGUCUUCGAGCGGUCAGAUGCUGGUGCAUAUGAGCGCCACCAGAUGGAGCGGAGACGUCUUCAGGCCAAACAGCAGCACUCUGAGAGGCGUAAGGCAUGGCUGAGGAAGAACCAGGCUCUCCUCAGGGUCUUUCUCUCCUACUGUAGCCUUCAUGGCGCUAAAGGGGGAGGGGUUACAUCUGUGCGGAUGGAGCUCCUUUUCCUUCUCCAAGAGAGCCAGCAGGAAACUACUGUGAAGCAGCUGCAGUCUCCUCUGCCUCUCCCCACAACACUGCCUCUGCUCUCAGCCUGCAUUGCAGUCACCAAGACGGUCAUAGCCAAUCCAGUUCUGCACCUCAGCAAUCACAUCCAUGAUAUCUUGCACACCAUCACCCUAAUGGAGACUCCGCCACAUCCAGAAGUGACCGAGGAUCAGGUCAAUUCUCUGCACACUCUGGCAGCAUCUCUCUCAGCUUGUGUUUAUCAAGCUCUGUGCGACAGCCAUAGUUACAGCAGCCAGACAGAAGCCAACCAGUUCACAGGGAUGGUUUACCAGGGCCUGCUGCUCAGUGAGAGGAAGCGUCUGCGCACUGAAAGCAUCGAGGAACACAUCACUCCCAACUCUGCUCCAGCUCAGUGGCCAGGUGUGUCGUCUCUGAUUUCACUGCUGACAUCUGCCAGGGAAGGGGACCAGCCCAAGCUCAACGUCCUGCUGUGUGAAGCGGUCGUGGCCGUUUAUCUUGCACUACUCAUCCACGGCAUGGGCACGCACAGCAGCAAUGAGCUGUUUCGCCUGGCAGCCCAUCCACUGAACAACCGCAUGUGGGCUGCAGUCUUUGGAGGCGGAGCCAAAGUUGUUAUUAAGCCAAAGAGGCCCGAGGCUCCUCCAGUGCCAGCUGAUUUUGAGGCAGCAAGGCCUGAGGAGUUUCAAGAGACAGGAAGACCUCAACACACCUUAAACCCCCAACCCGUCCCUACUGAUACCCAGCGCCCAAAACGACCCCCUCCUCCCAUUUCAGUGGGAGAAGUGCAGGGCAAUGUGGCACCAGCAACUCAGACCAGCUCUGCUCCACCUCAACAGCCGGCAGAGGACGUGGACCGAUACAGACGCAGGUUCACCAUGAGAAUGCUGGUUCCGGGGCGCCCUGUCAAGGAAACCCCCGCCACACCGCCGCCUGUCCCCACAGAAAGACCCACCUACAGGGAGAAGUUCAUUCCUCCGGAGCUCAGCAUGUGGGACUACUUUGUAGCCAAGCCAUUUCUGCCGCUGUCAGAAAGCAAUGCUCUAUACGACUCAGACGAAAGCGGUGCAGAGGACGAUGAAGACGAUGACGAUGCCUUCCUCUCAGACACGCAGAUAAAUGAACACUCUGACCCAAACUCCUACAGCUGGGCUUUGAUCCGUCUGGUUAUGGUGAAACUGGCUCAUCACAAUGUGAAAAACUUUCUGCCUCUUGCUGGUCUUGAUUUCACAGACUUGCCUGUGACUUCCCCGCUUUGCAAUGCUGUCUUGAAAACCUUGGAGAACUGGGAGCAGCUGCUUCUGGACCGGAUGAACAAAUUCGAUGGGCCACCUCCCAACUAUAUCAAUACUUAUCCAACUGACCUCAGCGCAGGCGGCGGGCCUGCUAUACUGCGGCACAAGGCCAUGCUGGAGCCCGACAACACUCCUUUCAAGACCAAGAAUCACCAGUCCUUCCCCGCCCGACGUCUGUGGCAUUUCCUGGUCAAACAGGAAAUUCUCCAGGAAACUCUCAUCCGUUACAUCUUCACCAAAAAAAGGAAGCAGAGUGAGUCUAUAGACAACCAAACGGACCAUGUAAGCCCAAACAGCAGUCUCAAUAAGGUGGAGGCAGAUCUGGGUUACCCGGGGGGAAAGGCUAAAAUCAUUCACAAGGAGUCCGAUAUCAUCAUGGCUUUUGCCAUCAACAAGGCCAAUCCCAAUGAAAUAGUUCUGGCCUCCACUCAUGACGUGCAGGAGGUGGACGUGUCCACCCUGGUGUCCGUCCAGCCCUACACCUGGAUCGGGGAGGACUUUGAUAAGGAGUCACGCAGCUCUGAUGACGUCGACUACCGCUCCUCGCACACCAACAUCGCCCAGGCCAGCUCGGUCCCUUUUGCUCCUCCGCAGAUGCCGGUCUCCGCGUCCAUGCCUUGGCUGGGCAGUGGGCAGACCAGCAUGGGGGCCAGUGUGAUCAUGAAGAGGAACCUCAAUAAUGUGAAGAGAAUGACGUCACACCCCAUAUAUCAAUACUACAUGACAGGGGCUCAGGAUGGGAGCGUGAGGAUGUUCGAGUGGAACCGACCUCAACAGCUCAUCUGCUUCAGACAGGCCGGCAACGCCAGAGUCACCCGCCUGUAUUUUAACUCCCAGGGCAACAAGUGUGGCGUCGCUGACGGCGAGGGUUUCCUGAGUCUCUGGCAGGUCAAUCAGACGUCCUCUAACCCCAAGCCCUACCUGAGUUGGCAGUGCCACACCAAGACCUGUGGAGACUUCGCCUUCAUCACAUCCUCCAGUCUCAUCGCCACAGCCGGGCAGUCCAACGAUAACAGAAACGUUUGCCUGUGGGACACGCUGAUUUCUCCAAGCAAUACUAUGGUCCACGCGUUCCCCUGCCACGAGAAUGGAGCCACAGUGCUGCAGUACGCUCCCAAACAGCAGCUCCUCAUCACCGGAGGCCGGAAAGGCUUCGUGUGUGUGUUCGACAUCCGUCAGAGGCAGCUGCUCCACACCUUCCAGGCCCACGACUCGGCCAUCAAGGCUCUGGCACUGGAUGCCUUCGAGGACUUCUUCGUCACUGGCUCCGCCGAGGGCAACAUGAAGGUGUGGAAGUUGGCGGGUCACGGGCUCAUGCACUCGUUCAGCACCGAACACGCCAAGCAGUCCAUCUUCCGCAACAUCGGCGCCGGGGUGAUGCAGGUGGAGACCCGGCCGGGCAACCGCAUCUUUACCUGCGGCGCGGACGGCACCCUGAAGAUGAGGGUCCUGCCCGACCGGUACAACAUCCCCUGCAGCCUGGCGGACAUCCUGUAACCACGACCCCCGGGAGGACAGGCUUCCGUCACACUUGCGCUUGGUUGAUAUGGGCGGCGGAGCGGCUCGGCUGUUGACCGGCGCCCUCCCAGUGUUGCUAGGUUGGCUGUCGGGCCCGGCGUGAAACAGAGCUGCAAAUCCUUCUCAUUUCCGGAGGCUGAGGGCGAAGCCGCAGGCCGCAUACUUGAUUUCAAAGCUAGAUUUGUCGUCCUUUUCUUGAAGAAUCUCAGCUCUUAGAGUGUGUCCAUAGGGAAGCUAUGCAUGUCCUGUUCUCGUUACGCGGUGCAACCACAGGUCUGUUGAUAGUGCUCUGUACAAGUGCUCAAGCAAAUUUUUCAAGUGUGUAACUGUCGUCAUUUUGUGCCCACGGCUGAAACUCUCUUAGCAUCUACUGUAACCAGCACUGUGGUUUGUUCUCCAGUCAGUGGUUUCCAGUGUGAAUCGAGUUGUUGGAAUUUGUUUCAAUGGUCCCGCCCCCCUGCCCCCGCGUCUCUGCCCUAAUGGAAGCGUGGCCCCUGUAGUGAAACCCCUCACUGGCUCAUACGCUCUGGCCCUGAGCCCCGGCAGGUCCGUGUCCACCUGUGCUGCUGUGUCUGCCGUCCGUGCGCCUGCCUGCCUGCCCCCCUUCCUCCCUCCCACCCAGCCACCCACCCAAUGCCUGUUUGUGCGGCAGAUUGCUAGAACAUUCCUGUUUGGAAGACGACGUGUUAAGCUCUCGUGACUGUGAUUUCAGUGUUUCCAUCCGUCUGUUCCCGACAUCAAAACUCCCUGAGCAGAAACACAAAAGUCCAUUUCCUGGUUUUGCACAUGAUAUCAUUCUGUCUGUUUUUUUUUUUUUUUGUUUUUUUUUAAUUCGACCAUUCCAUCGUGAAACUGUUUAACUUAUUGCCUUUUUAUUUUAGGAAUGUAAAGGGGGUUUUAACUGUUUCUGACGUGAAAAGAGCAGCACAGUCUGGUCUGUUUUACCUCGCUAGUUGUUUUUAACCGUUUCAUUCCGAGGACAGUGAUAUUUGCACUCAAAUUCUGGAGACACUAACCUUUAUUUAAGACGAGUAUCGAUGAAGAACCUGUUAAAUACAAAUGAAUGUGUGGCUGCGUCCGGCCUCGUGGUGAAAUGUUUGAGAUAGUUUUAAUAUAUAAAUGAUAUAAAUAGAUAUUUAUAUAUAUAUAUAUAUACAGAUAGAUAUAUGAAAUAUCACGAGAGCUUGUACAAACAUAAAGGUAUUUCUUUAUUUAGGUUUUUAUCAUACCAGCUGGAUUAGUUGUGCGUUCUCUGUGUAUGUAUGGUAUUUAUUCAAGAGGUUUGUGUUUCUCUUCCCUCGCUGUGCCCUCCAUGUGUACUGUAUGUGUAUCUAGUGUAUCCUCAGAGGUCCUGCUGGUGUCUGGUGUGUGAGCGUGCGCAUGUUUGGCACCAGGGGCCAAUAUCACGGGUCGACUCUUACCAGGGCACUUGAGCCUGAAGAUGUGCAAGAACAGAACAGGUCAUGGCCAGUUUUACCUUUGUAAAGUGAAUAAAUUGUUUUUAUUUCAUCAGGUGCUCGGACACUGCUUUUGAGUUCUUGUUGCUGUCAAUAAAGUUCCAUGCUGCUUCUCUACAGGACUAUGAGUGUAGACAAAGACACAUUCCAUGGCCAUGCAAGUACAUCAGAGGUUCACAGGUGCCUGGAGCAGGAGGUACAGCAGCAACACACACAUAUCACUCUGUCGGAAACGCUCUUGCAAAGUUGUGUAGUUCCAUCUCUAAUACACAACACAAUAAAGCUUUCGCUCACAUCGGGAAAAACAACAAAUUCUUUCCCUAAAGUUUUGCCCACAUC